AUUAAUACAAACACAAUUUUUUUCAUUUAUUUACAUUUAUUUAUCGAAUCUCAUUUUCCCUUGCGUUUGAUAAUGGCAAUAAAUUUUAAUUACGAUUAUCCUCAAGUGGCACGGGAAGCCGGUUUUAAAUUGCGACAAUUCAAAGAUGGCCCCAUAGACUGGCGUAUCUUAGGUUCAAUGGAAAUUGAGCGGCUAGUGCAGGAUCAACGACUCGAACAAGUAGACGCUAUAUUGGGUCAUCUCUCGGAAGCACCAGUAGCCACAAUGUUAGAUACAAAUAUUUUAGAUAGCGGUAUCGCCAAAUAUUUCGUAGUCUCACAGUUCGCCAUACAGUAUCUGCUCUUCUGUCGUAAGUUUCUUGAUGAGACAAUACGUGAGUUGCGCGAAGCACACGCAGAUUCUCAAAGGGAUGUUGCCAAAUUACGCAAAUCACUGGUCGAGGCAAACAACGAAAUCUUGCAGCUGCAUAAGAAAAUGACACAAAUCGAAGCCAUACAUGAGGUUGUGUAUCCGUGCCACCUUUGUACGAAGAGCUUUAUUAGUAAUGAGGCGCUGAAUAUACAUAUUAGCCGACGGCAUGCUACGCACGUUUCAAACAAUACAACAGUCUUGGGAAAACCUGUGGGUGGGUACGAAAAUAGCACGGCAGAGCGUCGUGCCGACACAACAGUCAGCGGAGUUGUCAAGGAGCGUGAAAAUAAUGAUUUGCAGUUGAUAAAUGCCAUAAAAUUGGAACUAGAAAUAAAGCAACUAAAAGAACGCCUCAACAAUGCAGAGCGGGAUAUACGUGAACGUUCAAUAGCCGCUUCCAAUAGCAGACGUACCACACCACGUGAGCCACCGAAGAAUGUCAAGAGCAUAGCUAUACAGAGCGACUUACUUGAGACGAAGGAGCAGGAUGACGAGGCAAAUAUGACGUUAGAUAGUAAUAGCACAGAUAACAGCGAGGUGCGCGAGCGUAAGGCGCAAUUGACCAAGUUGCAAAUGAAAAUACAGGAAUUCGAGGAAUGGCGCGUGGCACAACAGACGAAUAAUAAAGACUCAAUUGCUGAAAUUAACCGAAAGCUUAGUGAAAUUGUACAAACAUUAGAGGACGUGAAAUCCCAACCUACUACAACGAAUGUAAUAACGGUCGCACCAAAAGCAGAAGCAGAGUGUAAUGACAUAGAGGCGCCACCAGCGCGGAAUGGUUCACCAUCAGUUGAGGAUCUUGAGCGAUUAUUAACAGAAAAAGUUGUAGAAAUUGGACAAAAAAGUGCCGAGAAACUUGAAGAAUUUGUACAAAAUAUGGAAACAAAUUACAAAGAAAAAUUAGAAGAACUCGAGCGUGAAAUAAAAAAACGCAAUGCUGCAGAGCUGCCAAAAGCAAACGAGAUAAAGCCCGCAACCGAAACAGUAAACUCUGCAGAGGAGAAAACUAUUAACCAGACAACUACGACCGCAGAUAUACAUGUUUUGCCGCGUGACAUAACAUAUACAGCUUUUAAUCCCACUGAAAGUGAUUCCAGUAUAAACGUAGAACAAAAGCCAGAACCAGUCAAACGCAUGCCACGUAUUAAGCGUAGCAUGAAUGUAGUUACGGAAUUGAAUGCUAAUGACAAAACUAAAAAGGACGAUGAAACUUUUUCGAUUGAUAAAAAGGAAAAACAGACAACAGCAUUGAAACCAAAACCACGAGUCCGCCAAAAUAAAAGUGUGGAGUCAACCACCUCGCAUGAAAAAAAUAUCCCAGGAGCAGAACUAUAUUCUCUUAGCACAGAAAGUAAUAGGACUUUUGUAAAACCGGAUGAAGGUGCCGUUACAAUUCACACCAAGGACGGAAAUGAUAGCACCGACAUCACGGAGAGCCUUAGUAGUGAAAGCGAGAGUGAGGCCAGCAGCAGCACCAAAACUGAAGUUAUACAACAUUCUUCAACGGAAACAGUAAAAGCUUUACAGAAAAGCAAAUUAGCUGACUUAAAAAUACCCAAAAAUCUUCAAAAACCAAAGGUUUUUAGUCGAAUUGAUGCUCAGAAAAUGGUGAAUAAACGAUUGACUGUGCUGGGAUUAGAACCAAAAGAAAAUUCUAUAUCUACAGCGGCGAUGAAGCGACUACACACAGAACUAUCGGACAAGAGGCACAAAUUAAAGCAGAAAUAUCCAAAUUUUUAUGCAACGCGUAACAAAAUCAAGAAGCUCGUUGAUAAGUUAUGUUCAACAAAGCUCCCCACGCCGGUCGAAAACAUACAGAGGCACACUAAGCCGAUCCAGCCAAAGACGACCUUCGACGUAUCAACCCAUAGAGAGCAUGAAGAUGAACAUGUCUCAUCGGAAAUGGAUGGUUUCGAAACUCUAGAAUUGACUUCUACACCCAUUCAAAAUCAAACAACUCAAAGCUUGCGUGAAAAGGAUGCAUUCAAAGAGCGGUUGGAGCGUAUACUGUCGUCACCAAUGCGACAGCCUGCUGUUGAUGUUUCCGGCGUCGACCCUGGUAAACUCUCAACUGCGCAAAUGCCUAUUGUUGCGCCAGUGCCACUAACACGCAAACGUGUAAUGUUUAACACACUUAAACAAAGUAGCAAUGCAAGCGUUGAUUAUUCAAAGCAAUUUUCUAAGUAAAUACAUAAAUGUAUUUUAAUUUGAAAUGAGAUGUGACAUAAAGAUAUACAUAUUAAA